AUGGCGGGAUCUUGUAAUGCAACAAUGCAGAAGUUCCAUCUAGACCUUUAUUGCGGAAUUUUUUACCGGACAAAGCUUCAAGAAUUCUUUCGCGGACGAUACAGGAGAAAGUGUUUCUGGCUCCCGGAACAUGAAGCUCAUGUCGCCCAAAACUUUGAGAAAAAAGCAGGGCAGCUGCUAAAGGGUGCAUUAGGAAGGGUUCGUGAAGAACAAGCAAAGCCUGAUUGGAUCCGUCCUGAGGCCUAUAACAAGCUAUUGCAGUACUGGCCGUCUGAUGAAUUUAAGAAACAAAGUGAAAAAGGGAAGCUAGCCAGAAAUUCUACAAAGGGUGGCUCCCUACACACUAGUGGGGCUAAGAGCCAUGCGGCUGUGAGGAAGGAGUUGGAACUCAAAGAAAAGAGGAUAUUGUCUCAAGAUGAGGCAUUCAGAAUCACUCAUGUGAAGAAGAAGAAAAACAGUGAAGAACCAGACAAAUGGGUCGAGGAACGGGCUAAGCAGUCCUACAUUCAAUUUCAACAAUCACGGGCUGAGUUAUGCAGCAGUCUGCCACCUGGCACAGAGCUUACAGAUGAACAAUUGAAUGAACUUUGGAUGGCGACUGUUGGUGGCCCCACUAGGUUUGGCACAACUUAUGGAAUGGCAAAUAGAGCAUUUUGUAAAUUCCAGUCGCCCCUGCAAGGCAUAGGUUCUUCCAAUGAUGCUUGGUCGUCAGAUAGAGCGAGUGUUAUGGCCAUGGAGCAGAAGAUUGUUGAGCUAUCUAUCCAGUUACAGGCCUCGGAGUCUAGGGAGAGGCGGAGGGACGAGCAGCUACAGGCUGCGGAGGACAGGGAGAGACGGAGGGACGAGCAAUUUGCUGGUAUGAAAGCUCAAUUAGACUUAUUACUUUCUUCGAGGGCGAUUCCCCUUUAUCCUGAUGACGCUCGUAGCUCCAAGCAUCGACCUCCCCAUUCUCAAUCUAGGUCACGACAUCGAGAGGUUGGUCAAGAACACAGACUUGUAGAUGAGUCAAGUAGUGGUGGUGAUGAGUUUUAAGUAUCUUACUAACUUAUGAAUUUUUUUGGUGGAAUUGUAAAAAUGUGAAAGUGUUUGGUGGAUGUUUGUGAAUGUUGAAGUAGCUUGAUGUUGUAGACUAAGUUAAUGUAGAUUAGUAUAAUGUUUUGUGGAUGUUUGCAAAGGUUGAAGUAGUUUAAUGUUUUUUGUGAAUGUUGAAUUACAUUUUGAUUCAACUUAAUUUGAAGUAGUUUCGAGUUAAAUUUGAUGUAA